AUAUAUUUUUAAAACGUCCAUCUUGGAAAUCCUAUGUYGUACUUUGUGAAUUAGCUAAACUCAUGGCCAUAGGAUUAGAAUCAWUGGAAAUUAUAUAUGCUUAUCAAUCUCGAAUUGAUCAACAUUUACUUAAGUGGAGUCUGGUUUUAUGGAGAUGUUUCCAAGUCAAACGAUUCCUACACAUUCUUUUUUUGAAGUCAAAAUUUUGAGUGAAAAAACUGCUGAAAAUCCCAUACCUUCGUCUGCUACAGCUAGUGAUGAAACAAAUCAGCUCCAAGAUGUUCGUGCRAAAUUCAAAGACUCUUUUCCAGAUGCAAUAGAGCUGGGAGAAACAUCACCAUAUUCCAGAGAAAACGUUGACCCGACAAAACUGUGGUGCAAGUACAGAGUCAAAGUUUGUGGCGCGUCAACGAAGCCUUCAGCAUUUAAGCACAUUCGUCUAAAAUGGUGUGGCGAAAUUUGCAAGCCAGGGGAACCAUUUUGGCUAGAAUCUUUAGAAAGUAAUUCUUGUUCUUAUCCUUAUAAAUCCAAAAAACAAGUACAUCGUCUGCCAUCUUCUUCGUUUAGUCUUGGGARCUUUUCAGAUCGUAGUACAUUCAUUGAACACUACAACACGAACAAUGACUAUAAUUUCGUUGAAAAAGAGGGAAUUUUCAGUAGUUUCGAGCACGAUAUUUCAAAAUUGACUUUAACURUAACUCUAAAACGUCGUUGUCGAACCGAAAGCACGACAAAGUUCAAAGUAGAAUUUCAAUAUAAGCAGUUUGAAGAUUACAUUUUGGUGGAUUUGAAUCAGAAGAACCAAACGAUCGACCUCUACAUACCUUUGAUUAGGCCACCUAUCGUCAAGAAAGAGGUCACUGACGCUAAUAAAGAUACUAGUUUMCAACGAUGUAUAAAAUUCCUGAGCUGUAGACAAGAGGUCCUGGGCAAUAGUUCCGUUCUGAGACUGCACUACGCAUAUUCCGACCAGGAAGACCGCGGUCCAAUGGAAUUGGUUGCUCGGCUUGGAAGUCAGAAUCGCAAGAUUAAUUUCGCAGCAGUGCUAACCAGUCCACCAAGAAAUCCAAGCGAGGUCCCAAUCAAGCCAGGUCUGAGGAACUUCCAAGCAGACUACGCCCUUGAAUGCUUACUUUCCCGCGGUUAUAAAGUCACUGAUCGAGUGACAAAUGGAUUUUAUGAAGUCCUGCAAAAUUCUUUGGAUACCCACGAGCCACCACAGAUUUGCCGUGCAUUGUACCAACUCAUUGCUCACGUAGACAACGACAGAUUCUGUAACCUGGAAACCAAACUCCAGCAACUUUUAUACGGCACAUUCAAAAAGAACGUUGAAAUCGAAUUUGAAGUUCCAAAACACUACGCCCACGUGCCACGUGUCAUAGUGACCCCGACCCAGGACUAUCUAGUACAGCCAGAACUCGUCUCAGAGAACCGCGUCAUUCGGCAGUAUGGGCACGAGUUUGCCCUGCGCAUUGCAUUCAGAGAUGAAGACUUUAACAAGCUGAUGUCUUUUGGUGAUAGCCUCAAAGAUGUCUUAAAAACAAGAGUGGUUGAUCUUUUGAAGAGAGGCCUUACAAUAUGUGGACGCCAUUUUCAUUUUCUGGCUUGUUCGAAUAGUCAGCUACGGGACCAUGGAGCUUGGCUCUUCGCAAAGGGGGAUGAUAACGUUGGUGUCGAAGAGAUUCGGGAAUCCCUCGGGCAGCUCGAUAACAUUCGCUGYGUGGCCACUUACGUUUCCCGAAUGGGACAGUGCUUUUCGUCGACCAAGGAGUCUGUUAAAGUAAGCAUUCCCGAAGGAGUUCUGAUUAAAAAGAUACCUGAUGUUACAUUGGAUUACAAAGACGUGAAGUUUGAAUGUUGUGGCGAAACCAGAUCUGGGACGUAUAUAUUCUCCGAUGGUGUUGGGAAAAUUAGCGAGUCUUUGGCUCAAAAGGUAGCAGAAAGUCUGGGUCUAAGAUCAACACCAUCAGCUUACCARAUUCGCUAUGGAGGAUGUAAAGGGAUGUUGGCAAUUGAUAAGAAAAUACCUGGUGGUGAUUGGAGAGAUGUUGUUUAUUACCGACAAAGCAUGAAAAAAUUCCAAUCUGAGCACAAAGACCUUGAAAUUUGUGAAUACAGCAAACCCAACAUGCUUUAUCUAAAUCGUCAAUGCAUAACUCUUUUAUCUGGUCUUGGAGUCAAAGACGAAGCCUUCAUCAAGCUUCAAGACGCAAUGCUCAUGCGUCUCGCUUCGAUGUUGCUCUCYGAAAAAGUCGCCCUUGAUAUGAUUGGUCGAGCAAACGUCGCAGGGGGUAUGAAGACGUCGUACCUUCGUGACAGCGGUAUCGUGGUGACGCGUGAGCCAUUWUUCAGGUCCAUGCUAUUGGCCAUCUACAAAACCAGGCUCAAUGACCUCAUACGAAAAGCCCGGAUAGCUAUCCCACAAUCCUAUGGGCGCUUGAUGGUGGGUGUUUUGGACGAGACGAAUAAGCUCGAAUAUGGACAGGUUUUUGUUCGUUAUUCUAAAGAAACUGGCGGGGAUGGAACGGAAAAAGAGUUUGUUACGAGAAAAGGUCCCGUCAUGGUCACCAAAAAUCCAUGCUUUCAUCCAGGAGAUAUGCGUAAGCUCGAGGCAGUCGACAUACCAAGCCUAAAUCAUCUGGUCGACUGCAUCGUUUUUCCCUCCAGAGGGCCACGUCCGCAUACCGACGAAAUCUCGGGCUCAGACUUGGAUGGUGACAAAUACUUUGUCACGUGGUACGAACCAUUUUURACACCUGAAAAGAACGUAAAGCCUAUGGAUUUCGCUGCUCCUGAAAAGAAGAUUCUYGACCGCAGYGUGGACGUGAACGACAUGAUCGAAUUCAUAGCUGAAUACAUCAAGAAYGACCAGCUGGGGAUUAUCGCCAAUGCGCAUCUUGUUCACGCAGAUUCAGAAGAAAAGGGUAUCAAGUCAAAAAAAUGUAUAGACCUUGCGCACAUGCAUUCAGACGCUGUUGAUUUUCCAAAAACUGGGAAAUGUCCGUCACUUACUCCAGACCUCAGACCUGGACAGUACCCUGAUUUUAUGAUGAAAGUAGACAAACCACGGUAUAGAUCGACGAAGGUUCUGGGAAAAUUGUUCCAAAAAUGCAAGCAACUGGAAAGAGCGCGGCACUUCAUAGGCGAAGAGAGUAUAACACCGGAUUUUAAAGUGGACCAAGAUCUGAUCCUUGAGGGACACCAGAAAUACAUCAGUUCUGCCGUAGAAAAGAGGGAUUACUAUAACACCAAGCUGGGGUCGCUUAUGGCUUUAUAUGGACUAAAGAACGAAGGGGAGAUGAAAGAUUUGAAGUUGCGCAACUGAUCCAAGCAAGUGUAGCUUCACUUCGCUCUAAGCUCAAGGAAGAUUUUUACAAAGAAUUUGGAGGUCAGAAMAAAAUUGAUGAAACGUUCAAGUCAAAGAAAAAAUAUCCUGAUAAAAUCUUGYUGAAAGCUUCGGCUUGGUAUGCUGCAACCUACAAGAAGAUGGCCUCGAAUCCCGCAGGRGUACCCGAAGAAUCAGCCAAUCAGAGUAGAGAUGAGUGGUCUCUUAGCGACACACCAUUGUUGAGUUUCCCCUGGGUCGUAGCUCGAUUGUUGGCCUACAUAAAGAAAAGCGUUCUCGAGAAASGUAACAAGAAAAKGGAACAAUCYUCAUCUUCCAGCAAGAGUCUUGGACCAAAUGAUACUGAGAUGGGAAGUAUCGACAGACCAGCACAGAAAAGCCGUAAAAUACCWUYAGACGAAAGUGGGAUUSAUGAACUGAGGGAUAUCAGUGAAGUUAUCACCACACAAGCUGAGAAUUUUUUCUUYAAAGGAGGUUUCCAAGAAAAAAUGGUGGCUGAUCUGGAGAUGAGACAGRAGGAGAGGGAUAGAGUUUAURAUGAACUCUGUAGAAAAAGUGGAARAAGCUUGCCACCAAUUCCAAUAYUGGGGGUUUCGUUGACUGGGCUKAAUAUCRUGGACCCACACCUAGAGYCGUUAGRRCUSUACAUUCACGUAGGRUGGAAGGCCAAAAAGAAAAACCAAGAGCUCUACCUUGACUCGAUUCAAGUUGAUUCUCUGAAGCUAAAUGGUCUUCUUUCGCCGAUAUCUCAAAAAGAUUUGAAGAUUUCGAUCGCAACCGACCCAAGCAAGUUUCGCAAGACUACGUAUGUGUUUCUACAUAUUCUGAAGUGUCCUCGCCUCCUGCAAUUACUGCUGGUCRUCAUGCACUGGGGGCGCAGGCGWMACUUGAUUGGCUCAAGGCAGGAGAGCAUCAUGGAAGUCGAGGAUCUUGCUGUGCUCUUCAUCCGCUUUUGCGAAAUGAAAAAACACAUAGAAAAGAUAACAGAUUUGAAURCACAGUGCAAGRMGUUCUUGAGCGRAGYAGGACCAAGARAAGMAGAAGAAAAAUGGAAGGACACCAUCUUGAAAGCAGAGUCACAUUCCAAGGAUGGCUUCCUGAAUGGGACAGACCCAGGACUGGCUUUGAUUAAGUUUCUCGAGCACUACGCCAUCGAUUCUGAAUUAGACACCCUUCACAUCUCAAAAAUCAAGAGCGUGAAAAAUCCAGUAAACUCAGAGCAAUUUUUACUUCCUGAUCUGAAUGCAAAAAAGAUACAGCGAUUCUCAGACGCAGCACUCCACGGCUUCCAUGAGAUUGCCCAGUGUCGAGGRUUGGAUAGCAUCUUGAAGAGCGUUGAACAGGAAAACAAAGAUGUCCAAGAAUCCUUGACGUUACCCAGGUGUACUUGGAAUACCAUCAGAGGGGCAGAAGACUUUGUUGCAUGUGGACUUUCAGAGUUGUCUGGAGCUAAAGUCAAUAUACGCCAAGGUGACCGUGGAGGUCAGACCUUUAUGGAAGUUCAUGGAAAUUAUUCGACGCUAGCGAAAUGUCAGGAAGAGCGCAAGAAUCUCGAGAAGAAGCUAAAGGGARUUUCCGUCUACAAAUCCACAAUCGAUGGUGGCUGCCAUUUUAUUUUCCUCGGUCAAAGCUCGGAUUCAAAUCCAGUUACGGUGAAACAACUCGGCGAUAAAAACUUUGCAGUUAACUUAAAAGACAAACAUUCUCACAGCGGACAAGACGAAAAGAAGCUUCUAGGCGCACUAACAAAGCAGCUUGGAGAAUUUAACAAAUAUUACAUCACCUAUUUGCACGGGCCCAGAGAACUGGAACUGACAGUUGAGUAURGAAGUAUUUACAUAACUGGUGCACAUGCGUGGGUUGAGUCAGGGAGCACGGUUAAGAAUAUUGAGAGCACGCUGACCAAGUUUUCUUCUGCGGAUACGAGAAGCAACCGAGGAAAGAGGGYUCCUAGCAAUCCCAUCACUAGUAAAGUCUUCUUCAAUGAAUCCAAAAUCAAGCCGAACGUUCUCUUAAUGAACUUGCGCAAAUCGUUAGCUUCGUUAGGCAGAUUAUCGCAUUUMCAAACAAGCGAAAAUUAUGUGGUUCAGAUCAAAAAUGACAAGGGAUCUGACGUCCACUUGAAAAUGAUUUAUGACAAGGAUUUAAAAUUCAAGCGUUUUCAGUUCAAGUCUUUCAAAUGGCUUGUAGCAGACCUCAAAACACAUCGUCCUCCAGAAACCACGUCACGUGACAUAGAUUUUCRCUUCAUUAUGACGUCAAGACGGGAAYUDGAAGAUCARAGGGCCCAAGAAUUGUCCAUAUACGAGACGUUUGCUAAGAAAGAAAUCUUAACUGCAGUCAACGGUGAAGUGAAAAUCUCAGAAGAAUAUCAUAAUCCAGCUGCUUCUGUGCAGCUCGUUAAGGUUGAUAUUUAUAAGCUGGAUUGCAAARGGAGCCAGAUUUUUCUUGACGUGAAGACGACGAAGGAAUUCGACGCUAAGAAACCAAGAGAAUCAUCGUCAAUUGGGCUUCGUGGUUGCUUGGACAGCAAUGACAUUGAUAAGGCACGGGAGCUCACUAGAAACCUUUUAGCGGCAAGCAAGAUUAUUGGGCCUUUGAUCCAGCAAAGCUUGUAAUGAGUAACKGAAGGACUCCACUAGUUACUAAAGAAAGAACAUAUUUACCUUGGGCGUAACGUUUACCUAUUUCAGACCAAGUGUUAUUCUCUUGAAAAUAAGAUUAUUUACUUUAGUUGUAUUCAUAUUCAUGUACCUGAUUUGAAUUUCAAUUAGAAUUURUCUUCAUAGGCCGUUUUCUCAAGGUUACGUGCGCAUCCAAAUUUAAGGAACUUGACGGGCCACGAUACCAGAACACGAGUAUUAUCACACAUUGCUAUGAAWUUUUUUUCGAUAAGAAUUCAUAAAAUUGAUUAUUCUCCUCUUUAGAUAUAAAACUGGCUUCUCAGUUUUACUGAAUUUACCGUUUUACAGUUUUAUGGCCCGUCAAGUGGGAUGCGCACGCAACCUUGAGAAAACGUUCUAUUCAUAGGAAAAUAUUAUUCAUACAUUAUUCACACAUUUUUCAAACUAGAUAAUCUAAACUAUAAGUUUGUUGCUAUCAAAAACCGGUGUGUUCUCGUGUACAACCGUUAAAUAAAGAAAUAGUUCUCUAGGGAAUGACACGUGGUCUGAAAUGGGAAAGCAUUAUGUCCAAGAUAUAGAUAAUUCUCCACUGAGUUAGUUAGGUUUUGUAUGUAGUCAUUUUUAAUAUAUAUUUCGUUACGCCUAUACUUCAGUGAUGACAAACGUAUCGAUAAGAUUCUAAAAACACGGYAGUAUUUAUGUUACAAGUUAAAAUGGAGUUACACGGAUCGAUCUCACUCCUUUUCAGAAAAAAUGUCGCACAGAACGAUGUAGCGUUUCAUUUAGAUAAUUAGAAAUGAAGUCAUAAAUGUUGAAAUAAAAAAACUUAUAUUUUACAACCAA